UUGUACACCACCAUGUUACAGGGGGAUGGUAAGUUAGCACUCGCAAGGCAUAAAGCAUACUGAAGGGGUAUCCAGCCCUGAGCAACAAAGCCCUUUGUUAGCUGCACCAGUUGCUGCAACUAAAUUCAAUAGAAACCGUGAAUCAGCAUUCCUGGUACAAUGUACCAGUUGGACUGUGGACACCAGUGGUCGCACUGCAGAUGAAGACACGGCAUGGGGCAGUGCUGAGGCUCACCCUGAGGCACAGUGCUUGUCCCUGCUCACCCGGCUCUGGCCAGGGUGACCACCCAACAGCCCACCAGUGGUUUCUUCUCCCCGUUUUGGACCCACAGGCCCUCUGAAUCAAAGCCCUGAGCAUGGUGAUCCCUCAGACCACUGCUCAAAACACUGCCACAACACCUCCAGCAAUGGUGUUACCUGGUAGCAUUAGGCUUUUAAAGUUAGUCUAGUGAUAUGGUUUCAUUGUCAGAACUAACCCACAGGUUUCUUCUGUGACUUAGGAUAAAUAAAAUUGUGUCUCGAUUCAGAGACUGGGCACCUGAGUAAGCUUUUUGUUGACUUCGCCUGCAAACCUACAGUGGCGUCUGCUGAAUGCGUUUACAGCAGGAUUGCUCUGAAAAUUAGCCCAAGAUAGGGAUCACACGACAAGAUUAGAUUUUUGGUCUGCAGAAGCUGAACCCCAGGGUGCAGGUGGAUGUUUUGUGCUUGCAGAGGCCUUCAUCAAGGCAGCCGGGAGCUCUGCUCUGCUCUACCCUUCCUCCCUGCUCACCUCCCGCUCUGGCCCCUCGACAGAGGCUGCUGGGGGUCACUCCAGCCACUCGAAAGGGGUCCCCUCCAUCAGCCCCCCAAAGGGACGAGGUGAGGGAGCGCUGCUCUCCCGCCCACUGCCCCGCAAGCGGCCGGGGGUCACUGGCCGCCUGGCGAGCACCCGCUGCCGCCCGGUUCGCCCAGCGGCUUCCCGGGCCGGCUGCCGCGAUUAGGCCGGGCCCGCGGCUACUUGUGAAGGCCCGUGGCCUUUCCUCCCCUCACGGCGGGCGCUCCCAGUCUCCCUCGCCCGGGCUGUCGUGAAGCCGGGCUGCGACAACGCCCCGCUGUGCGCUCAGCAGCCACCCGAGGGGACGGACCAGCCGCCUCACUCGGUCGCUCCCCGUUCCCUGCACAGCAGUCGCUUACAACAGGUGCGCGGCUGUAGACGGGAAGGAAAAAGGCGGGAGGGGAGCUGACUUACACGGCAGCCCCGGCAGCGGGCCGCCCGCCCGGGCCUACCAGCGCGGCCGCCCUGCCCUCCAUAGGCGUCCCCCGCGCUGCCUCCGCGGCCGCGCCCUCCACGCCGCCCUCACCCGGGCCGCGCCCGGCCCCUGCCGCCCCACCAGGCUCGCAGGGCCGCGGCAGAGGCAGAGUCCUUCUCCCAGGCACGGAGAGGCGGCGGCUUGCCGCGCCUGCCGCUUGCUCAGGCAGUCUCCCGGCCUGCCCCGCGAGGAGGCUCUGCUGAGGGGAGGCGGCCAAACGGCAGCAACGGAAGGAGCCUACGGCACGGCCGCGCUCCUUCCCCGCUGCGUUUCGCAGCUGCCACGCACUCCCCUGUUAGCGUUACCGCCCCCCGGGCCCGCCAGCAGCAUGAGAGUAGUGGCUUUAAUCAGUGGUGGGAAGGACAGCUGUUAUAAUAUGAUGCAGUGUGUUGCUGCUGGGCAUCAGAUUGUUGCUCUAGCCAAUUUAAGACCUGCUGAAAACACAGGGCAAACUGAUGAAUUGGACAGCUAUAUGUAUCAGACAGUAGGACACCAUGCCAUCGACCUAUAUGCUGAUGCAUUGGAUUUGCCGCUGUAUCGUGGUUUCAUAAAGGGUACCAGUGUAAAUACUGGAAAAGUGUAUACCACAUGUCAGGAAGAUGAGGUUGAAGACCUUUACCACCUCCUGAAACUUGUUAAGGAUAAAGAAGGAGUGGAGGGUGUAUCUGUGGGAGCCAUUCUUUCUGACUACCAGAGAGUUCGAGUUGAAGAUGUAUGCAGAAGGCUUGAUCUUCAGCCUUUAGCUUACCUUUGGCAUCGGAACCAGGAAAUAUUGCUUAAAGAAAUGAUAUCAUCUAACAUUCAAGCCAUAAUCAUAAAGGUGGCAGCUUUUGGUUUAGAUCCAGAUAAACAUCUAGGAAAAACUCUGGAUCAAAUGGAGCCUUAUCUUUUGGAGCUUUCUGAGAAAUACGGAGUCCAUGUUUGUGGAGAAGGUGGAGAAUAUGAAACAUUCACUCUGGACUGCCCUCUGUUUAAGAAGAAAAUAGUUGUAGAUUCAGCCAAGGUGGUUGUACAUUCAGCUGAUGCAUUUGCACCUGUGGCGUACCUUCAUUUUUUAAAAUUACACCUGGAGAAUAAGGCGGACUCUUCGGGUACAUUUAUGGUCAAUAGCUGUUCUUGUGAGGUAAGCUGCAACGAUGAUAUUUUCCCUUCAUCAGAAGAGGAGGAACCACAGAAAAACAUUCCAGUCACGUGGAGGUCUUUGAAACAUAAUCCUUUGGAUUUCACUAAGACAUUUGGAAGCUCAGGAAGAUCCCUGAGUGGUUACCAGUGGUUUUCAGGUAUCACUGCUCACUUCCUUCCAUCAGAAGGCAGAAAUGCUCAAGAGGCAGCAAGGGAAGCAUUUUCUUCUCUUCAAGCUAAUAUGACUUCAGAGGGAUUGAAACUGAAGGAUAUUAUUUUGGUUCAUCUGUAUAUGAAGAGCAUGAAAGAUUUCAAUGUUAUAAAUUCAGUUUAUGUGACAGAAUUUGAUUUGUGUCCACCAGCAAGAGUAUGUGUGGAAACCCUGUUACCUGAUGGAGUACUGUUUUGCAUUGACUGCCUUGCACAUAAGUAUGACGUUGCAGUGGACGAUGUGUUACGUGAUGAAAAACUGGUCAUGCAUGUACAGAGCAUUUCCCACUGGGCACCUGCUAGCAUAGGACCUUACAGUCAGUCAAUCAAGGUCGGAGAUGUUCUCUACUGUGCCGGACAGAUUGCUCUAGUACCUUGUACGAUGCAGCUUGUUAGUGGUGGCGUACGGACUGAGGCCGUAGUUUCCCUCCGUCAUGUUGAGCGAGUUCUUCAAGCUAUGAGCCAGAAGGCUGCACUCCACCACGUCAUCACAGCCAGCUGCUAUGUAACUGACAGCAAGCACAUUCCCAUUGCUCGCUCUAUAUGGCAGAAGAAAUUAAGAGAAUGUAAAAAGGUUGAAGAUUCAGAGACGAAUCGUGAUGUAACUGCAGUUUGUGGGUUGCUUGCUGUGGUUGUAAUACCUCACCUACCCAGAGAUGCUGCCAUUGAAUGGCAUGUUAUUGCAGUAGUUGAUGACCCACUCCAAAGAAAACAUUUUGCAAUGAAGGUGUUGUCAGAGGGCUUCCAAAUUGAGUGUGAAUUUGUGGAGUCUAGUUCUGCAUCUUGUGCAUCAAUCUCUGUACGUCUGAGCUUGAUUUCACCAUCCACUUCUCACCUUGAUUUAGAUGGACCUCUUCAUGACUUAGUUGCUAUGUUUAGACAAGCUGUUGAGAAACUUUCAGAAGACUGCAGUGCAAGUCCUUUGUCUUUUAGAGCUUUCUUCAAGGAGGGUGUCUUUGAUGCUGAAGCACUACAAACAGGACUGCAAGAAUACCUGGAAAAAUACUUGGGCAAGAAGACCCCAGCUCUGAUUUUAGUACCUGUGGUGGAUUUACCUGGCAAGGAAGUUAUUCAUAUAACAUGCUGGCUAAGCUAGCAGUUUAGAAGAGAUGAAUUGACAUCAAAAUACACAUUCCAUCCCGGAAAGAACAAAGAAAGGAACCAAUCAUAACUGUGUUGGAUACUUUCAUUAAACAAUAUUGUUUGAUUUAAGCAAAGUCAUAUUUCGCUUGUUAAUGAUGCCUCAUGAUAUGUGACAGA